UUAUAAAAAUUCUUCCAUUAGGUAAGUCAUUCCUUGGAUUAAAGUAGUACCUUCCCGGUAUUUUGUUACUGUGUUUCAAAUUCUAAGGAGUUGGAGGGACAGCAAAACGUGAAGUCACAUUUGUGAGAAUGUUUUCUUCAAAAUAUUAUCUGUGGAUCGUACAAGGAUCAGGGGAACUCUGAAAACACUGUGACCUUGGAGAGGAGGAGGAAGCUCUGAGUGCCAGGGAAAGUAAGGCAGGAAAAAAGUUCUUUAUGCACUACCGGAUUUUAGGCCACAUACGUCUUUUCCCUGCUCAGUUACUUCUUUCCAUGCCCUCCCAGCCACCACCUUCCAAUCUUCUCCACGCCCUCCUUGCAUCCGCAACACAGCUGUUCUCUUUCACCCCAACUUCCCAGGCGCCUGGCAGCACCGGCCUGAGCACCCGGCUUCCUUCCCGCCUCUCCCACGGCGCAGCCCCGCGUUUCGGCGCUGCGCUUCUUCCAGUCUUCCGAAGGCGAGUGAAACAGAAGACUCCUCCUUCGUGGAAAAAAAUGCUUAAUAACUCACCUUCAGUUGUCACCCUGUAGCGUUUCCCCUAUGCCGAGGAGUUUUUGGUCACCUUUUCAUAAAUAAGAGUCCAGAAUCUGAAAAACCAACUGCUGGUCAGUCCCGCUCGCUUCCCUGCCAAUGAAAAUCAAUCCUACUCCGGCGCGGACGAACUCUUGAAGCCGGGGCUGGGGCGACAGACGGCCGUGCUGCUGUCCCCUCGCCGGGCGCGCAGGUCCUGUCACCUCGGGCCGCCCCCGCCUCCCGCCGGGGCCAGGACCUCUCCCCGCCUACCGCCCCCGGGCCUCGCCGUCCCUCCUCUCGCUCCGCCGCCGCCGCCAUUGGUGUGGGCCUCUCCAGAAGGGCGCUCAUUGGCCGCGGGGGCAGUCAUUUACCCAGUGCAUUCCGCCGCUCGCAGGCUUGUGGGGAAACUUCCUUAUUAUUGUGACGCCGAAAACGGAGAAACCCCGGCCGGACCUGAGGGGCUGUGGCAGUCGGAAAUCCCAGCGGCAGUUCGGCGGGCACGGAGUGACAUGAAAACACUUUGCAGAGUUCUGUGGUUAUUUCUGUAACUUGCAGAUCUUCUGGGUGAGGUGGAACCAUUCUAGCUUCUAGUCCAAAUGCCAAGUGACUACGUGACUUCCUGAAGGAUAAGAACAAUGUUAUGUUGGGGAUCUUGGUCUCUGGGCCAGCCUGGGAUCAGCACCAACCUGCAAGGGAUUGUGGCCGAGCCACAGGUGUGUGGAUUCGUAUCGGAUAGCAGCGUCAAGGAAGUGGCCUGUGGGGGAAACCACUCCAUGUUCCUGCUGGAGGAUGGGGAAGUUUACACUUGCGGGCUGAACACCAAGGGGCAGCUGGGCCACGAAAGGGAAGGAAACAGGCCAGAACAAAUUGGAGCUUUGGCCGAUCAGCACAUUGUCCAUGUGGCAUGUGGCGAGUCCCACAGUCUGGCCCUCAGUGACCGGGGCCAGCUGUUUUCUUGGGGUGCAGGAAGUGAUGGUCAGCUAGGACUCAUGACUACUGAGGAUUCGGUGGCUGUGCCCAGUAUUGUGGAAGGUAACAGCUUUGAAGUCACACAGCCUCAAACACUUCUGAUAUUGGCUCUGUUACAUACUAGGUUAAUACAAAAGCUGAACCAGCAGACAAUAUUACAAGUUUCCUGUGGCAACUGGCAUUGCUUGGCUCUUGCAGCUGAUGGUCAGUUCUUCACAUGGGGAAAGAACAGCCAUGGGCAGCUGGGCCUGGGGAAGGAGUUCCCCUGCCAAGCCAGCCCACAGCGGGUGAGGUCGCUGGAGGGGAUCCCCCUGGCGCAGGUGACUGCAGGAGGGGCCCACAGCUUCGCCCUGUCUCUCUCAGGAGCUGUGUUUGGCUGGGGGAUGAAUAAUGCAGGGCAGCUAGGGCUCAGUGAUGAAGAAGAUCGAGAGUCUCCUUGCCAUGUGAAACUCUUAAGAAUGCAGAAAGUUGUCUAUAUUAGUUGUGGAGAAGAACACACAGCAGUCCUCACAAAAAGUGGAGGUGUGUUUACCUUUGGUGCUGGUUCUUGUGGGCAACUUGGACAUGAUUCCAUGAAUGAUGAGGUCAAUCCAAGAAGAGUUCUGGAGCUGAUGGGCAGUGAAGUGACUCAGAUUGCUUGUGGCAGACAACACACCCUAGCCUUUGUGUCUUCUUCUGGACUCAUCUAUGCAUUUGGUUGUGGAGCAAGAGGUCAAUUAGGAACUGGGCACACUUGUAACGUUAAGUGCCCGUCUCCUGUGAGAGGGUACUGGGCCGCCCAUAGUGGCCAGCUUUCAGCCAGAGCUGAUCACUUUAAAUAUCAUAUUGUUAAGCAGAUCUUCUCUGGAGGAGACCAAACGUUUGUACUUUGCUCCAAAUAUGAGAAUUGUUCUCCUGCGGUUGACUUCCGGACUGUGAACCAAGCACAUUAUACCAGUUUAAUAAAUGAUGAAACAAUAGCAGUUUGGAGACAAAAACUCUCAGAACACAACAACGCAAAUACAAUCAAUGGUGUUGUUCAGAUAUUAUCUUCUGCAGCCUGUUGGAAUGGAAGUUUUCUUGAAAAAAAAAUUGAUGAACAUUUUAAAACAAGCCCCAAAAUCCCUGGCAUUGACCUGAACUCAACUAGAGUGUUAUUUGAGAAGUUAAUGAGCUCUCAGCACUCCAUGAUUCUAGAACAGAUCUUAAACAGCUUUGAAAGUUGCCUGAUUCCUCAGCUGUCGAGUUCACCACCAGAUGUUGAAGCAAUGAGAAUCUAUCUAAUACUGCCUGAGUUUCCCCUGCUCCAGGAUUCCAAGUAUUACACAACAUUGACUAUUCCGCUGGCUAUGGCCAUUCUGCGGCUGGAUACAAACCCCAGCAAAGUCUUAGAUAACUGGUGGUCUCAGGUAUCCCCAAUAUAUUUCAUGAAGCUGAUAAACCUCUAUAAAGGUGCAGUCGUUUAUCUACUGAGAGGAAGAAAGACAUUCUUAAUUCCUGUCCUCUUUAACAGUUAUGUUACAGCAGCUCUCAAGCUCUUGGAGAAGUUAUAUAAGGUUAAUCUUAAAGUGAAGCAUGUGGAAUAUAAUACAUUUUACAUUCCUGAGAUUUCCAGUCUUGUGGACAUUCAGGAAGACUACCUCAUGUGGUUCUUGCAUCAAGCAGGCAUGAAGGCUAGACCAUCUAUAAUUCAGGAUGCUGUAACACUUUGUUCCUACCCUUUCAUCUUUGAUGCCCAAGCCAAGACGAAGAUGUUACAGACUGAUGCGGAGCUACAGAUGCAGGUGGCGGUCAAUGGAGCCAGCCUGCAGAACGUCUUCAUGCUUCUCACCUUGGAGCCUCUGCUGGCCAGAAGCCCCUUCCUGGUCCUUCACGUUCGCAGGAACAACCUUGUUGGGGAUGCCCUGAGAGAGCUGAGCAUUCAUUCUGAUACUGAUUUGAAAAAGCCUCUCAAAGUAAUCUUUGAUGGUGAAGAAGCAGUGGAUGCUGGUGGGGUCACAAAGGAAUUCUUUCUUUUACUGUUAAAAGAACUUUUGAAUCCCAUCUAUGGAAUGUUUACCUACUAUCAGGAUUCAAAUCUUUUGUGGUUUUCUGAUACGUGCUUUGUAGAACACAACUGGUUUCACCUGAUUGGCAUAACCUGUGGAUUGGCUAUCUACAACUCCACCGUGGUUGAUAUCCAUUUCCCGUUGGCUCUCUACAAGAAGUUACUGAAUGUAAAGCCUGGAUUGGAAGACUUACAGGAGCUGUCACCCACUGAAGGAAGGAGUCUUCAAGAACUUUUAGAUUACCCUGGGGAAGAUAUUGAGGAGACUUUCUGCCUCAAUUUCAUGAUUUGUCGAGAAAGCUAUGGGGUGAUUGAACAGAAGAAGCUGAUACCUGGGGGAGACAAAGUGACUGUGUGCAAGGAAAACAGGCAGGAAUUUGUGGAUGCCUAUGUGAACUAUAUCUUCCAAACCUCAGUUCAUGAAUGGUACACAGCCUUCUCCGAUGGCUUCCUAAAAGUGUGUGGUGGCAAAGUGCUCGAGCUCUUCCAGCCUUCAGAGCUGAGGGCCAUGAUGGUGGGCAACAGUGACUACGACUGGGGGAAGCUAGAGGAGACUGCGAUCUACAAGGGUGAUUACUCAGCCACACAUCCCACUGUGAAACUGUUUUGGGAAACAUUUCAUGAAUUUCCAUUGGAAAAGAAGAAGAAGUUUCUCUUGUUCCUAACCGGCAGCGAUCGGAUUCCCAUAUAUGGCAUGGCGAGCCUGCAGAUCAUCAUCCAGUCCACAGCCAGUGGGGAGGAGUACUUGCCUGUGGCCCACACUUGCUACAACCUUCUUGAUCUCCCUAAAUACAGCAGCAAAGAGAUCCUGAGUGCACGGCUGACGCAGGCCCUCGACAACUACGAAGGGUUUAGUUUGGCCUGAGGCUCCUUAGCUUGGUCUUUGUGCCUCAGUGUCCACAUACAGGCCUAUACAGAAAAAUCACGGGGAGUGAGUUCUAUUUUUUUAUUGCAUAAGUGGGUUGGGAAUUUUGAAUCCUGAACCUGGGCAAUGUGUUUCUAGGGUUGUUAACAGUAAGCAACCUUUUUGAAAAAUCGGGAGUUGGGGAUGGGAUAAAAAAUCGGCUCUUGUAUGCGAGGUGUUCUAUUUUUAAACCAAAUUACCGAUUGUUUGUCCCUUGUUGCACUGUAUGUUGCACUCUGCUGGAUAAAAUGGCAGUGGACUUUCAUACUUAAAUUUCCUAAAUGUCUCUCUUAGCCCCAGUCUUCCCUCACAAUGCUUCCUUGUCCUUCUCUUCUCAUUACUCUGCACGAAUGAUUUUGACCUAGCUGACCUUUCUUACCUGCACAUGUAGAACAACAUCUCCUUUCUCUGCAUCCUAGAAAAUGCUCCUGGCUUUUUGCAGCCCUACUCUGAGGACAAAGGAGGAAAGGACUACUUCUGAAAUUACCAAUUUGAACAAGCUGAAUCUGGGUCCAUUACUUUGGCUGAAUUCUUAAGAAUUUAUGGGAGCCUUUAUGAACACAUCCUGGUUUAAAAGAAAACUUAUUGAGGGACUAGCAAUCUCCCAUGGCUUUGCCUAUUCCUGGACCUCUUUGUAGAUGUGCAGAGCAGCCUAUUUACAGCAGCUGAGCCUAGUUGUGUCUUGUUGCUCAGCUAAGUUCCUUUGACAAUAAGGUGAGGUGAUAGGCCCCCCCACCCCUUCGUUAUCUCGCUUUUGGAGCAAGUUGCAUUAAAAGUAUCUUCAAGAGAAGCAGAAAUAAAUUUCUUGUUCCUUCCGCUAUCACAGUAUGUCCUCUACCACUUUGUCGUCUUCCCUUUCUCUCUUCAUCCCAUUCUUUGCUACUGGACUUAAUGCUCCCUUCCUCUCCUCCGAGUGGCUGCAUGUAGUCUUUUUUUCCCUUUCACUCUUCCCUAAUUGUUAAGACUUAAGGACAUUCUUCAUCAUGGAACUUUAUUUCAUUUGAAAUGUUUACAGUGGGAUUUCAGGGGGGAUUGUGUUUAAAGCAAAUAUAUGUAUCUAAAAAAUGACAAGCUCGACCUUCAUCAUGGGAUAAAAAAAAUUCUACGUGAUCAAAGAUCGUGUCAGCCUAAUUUUAAAGUCCUAGUCACUAGAGAAAAUACUUAUUUAUAUAAGAUAAAGUAUUUAUGAACCAUGAUACAACAUUAAAUUUCAAUGGAUUGUAGAUUUUUGCUUUUUCUUUCUAAAACUUAUUCCAAUUGCUAAAUUGGUAGUUUUUCAGUCUUUAUAAUACAAGAUUAAAAAAAAGAUAUACAGUUAUAUGAAAUGUUUAUUUUCUAUUUGUGUGCAUAUAGUUCAAUAUUCUGCAAUAAAUUUGGUGUUUUAACUUAAACCUAUCUCCUUUGGACUUGCAGAAUGGGUAGCUUGCUUUCAGUGGUAGAAUUAAGUCAUCUACCCAAGUAAUCUAAGAGGAGGUCAAAUAUGAUUCCCUCCACAAGAAAGUAGAACCAAGUGCUGGAGAAAUGGAGAGAAAGACAGAGGCAGGACCCAGGGUAGGGAGAGCAGACAUCCUUACGGAUGGAUGAGAUUUCUGAAGGUUGUGAUAGGUGAAAAGGCAAUUCCCAUGGAGGUGUAUUUAGGGACCAGCCAGGAACAAUUUGAAGGGAGGAUCAGAGGAAAUAGAAUAAUAUAAAUAAGACUGGGGAGAAAGAUGGUAGGUUUGGGGCUGAGGAACCAAGCUAAGCAUUGGGGCUUGAAUUGGUAGCCACAGAGGAUUUGUUAAAAUGUUUAGAACCUUGGGGAGAGGGUGGGAAGCAGUGAUAUAUAACUUGAGCCUGGUUUUAAGAAGAAAAUGUGAAUGGGGUACCUUUGGAGAAAUCGGAGUUGGAAGGCCUGAGCGGAAAGACAGCAACUGAGAGCCGUGAGGAUGGUGGCAGUGGAAACAGAAAAGAUUUCUGCACAGGAGAAAUUGAAGGUGAAUCUGUAAUGUAUUAACCUAAUUAACAUCAAGCAUAUAAAAUGGAGCAAAAAUAAAAAAGGAAAAUUGGGCUAAAACAAUUAUAAUGUAUUGUUUCACCAGACUUAAUAGAUGGUUUAAAGGUGGUAUGGAGAGCAGUAGCUUUCCAUUAAUAAAUUCCAUUCAAUAAACAUUUAAUAGAUAGCACACUUACUUGCUAAGUCUGAGGGACAAAAAAGCCACAUUUAAUUUCUAAAAGAAGGAGCCAGCUUAUUUUAAAUUUCUGGCCCUAAGAAUCCUCAUCUAUGAAAUAAGGAAAUUGGACCAGAUAAUUUCUGAGAUACUUUGGAGCUCUAAAAUUCAUCAGUCACCAAGAACAGUGCAUGCAUGUAAAGACACUUAGUAUUCUAAAUAUUUGUUGCAUGAAAGAUUCUGUGGUGCUUCCAAAACACUAUGAUUUUUCUAUAAUUUCCUCUUUUACUUUCAUACUUAUUGAUUUGGAAGACUUUCUUUGGAUUAGGCAUUUCUGGACUUACCUCCCUGCCCUGCA